UCCACUCAUAACCGCCGCCUCUUUCUCCAACUUGACUGGGAUAGCCUUUACUUUUCACUUUUCAUUUACGUUUAGCUAGCGAGCACGGCAGCGCGGGCGGGCGAGCGCGGAGCAAGACAACCAUGAGGAGUUUAUCUUACCCGAGAUGACCGAAAAUCGACGUUUGUGCUGGGAAACGUCCAAAAAGAAAACUUGUUUUCGGAGUUCCGACUCCCCUCCUCUCUCCCAGUAGGAUUUGAUUCAAAGGCGACAAGCAAGAUGGCCGCCGACUCCGUGCAGGGGGAUGCCAGGGGCCACCUGGUGUCAGAGCGGCUGGGCCUUGGCAACAAUCUGGACCUGUCGGACACCAUGGUCCAACAGAAACUGGAAGAGAUCAAGGAGCAGAUUCGGCGUGAGAUCCGAAAGGAGCUUAAGAUCAAAGAAGGUGCAGAGAAUCUGCGCAAGGUCACCACAGACAAGAAGAGCCUGGCUUAUGUGGACAACAUGCUGAAAAAAUCCAACAAGAAGGUCGAGGAGCUUCACCAGGAGCUGCAGGAGCUCGACGCCCACAUUGUGGUUAAAGACCCCGAAGAGCUGCAAGAAUGCCCCCUGACCCCAGAUACCCCGAACAGCGAGAGCCGAAUGUGCACAAGCAGCAGCCGGCUGGCCGCCCUGAAAAGACAGAACGACAUUGAGCUCAAGGUCAAACAGGGCGCGGAGAACAUGAUUCAGAUGUACUCCAACGGGCCCUCAAAGGAUCGCAAGCUGCUGGCGACGGCGCAGCAGUUGCUUCAGGACAGCAAGAUGAAGAUCGAGUUCAUCAGGAUGCAGAUCCUCAAGGCAAGCCAGGCCAAUGAGUUGAGCUUUGAGAACAAUGACGUGAUUGACAAGGCCAUCAUCAGCCCUUUGGACCUUCGGGUGGAGGAGCUUUGUCACCAUGCCAGGAUCGAGUCUGCGGUGGCAGAAGGCGCCAAGAAUGUUAUGAGACUCUUGGGCACCGGGAAAGUCACUGAAAAGAGAGCACAUUUAGAGGCGCAGGCUCGCUUUAAUGAAUCCAACCAAAAGCUGGACCUCCUUCGUUACUCGUUGGAGCAGCGCCUCAGCGAGCUGCCUAAGAACCACCCGCGCAACAGCAGCAUCGUGGAAGAGCUGUCACUUCUGUCCGCGCCAGUCCUCAGCCCACGAUCCAGCAUCAUCUCGGCGCAGAACCAAUACAGUACGGUGACCAAGCCCGCCGCGCUGACAGGCACCUUAGACGUCAGGCUCAUGGGGUGUCAAGACCUGCUGGAAAAUGUUCCCGGGCGCUCCAAAGCCGCAUCUGUCCCCCUGCCUGGCUGGAGCCCCAGCGAAACGCGUUCGUCCUUCAUAAGCAGAGCCAACCGGAACCGCAGCGUGAGUUCACGGAGCGUGGCGAAAAGCGAGGAGCUCUCGAAUGAGAUCAGUGCCGUUUUAAAGUUGGACAACACGGUCGUUGGUCAAACCAGCUGGAGGCCGGUCGGCAACCAGGCCUGGGACCACAAGUUUACGUUGGAGCUGGACCGGUCGCGCGAACUGGAGAUCUCAGUGUACUGGCGAGACUGGCGCUCACUUUGCGCGGUCAAGUUCCUGCGUCUUGAGGACUUCCUGGACAACCAGCGUCACGGCAUGUGUUUGUACCUGGAGCCGCAGGGCAUGCUCUUUGCUGAGGUAACAUUCUUCAAUCCCGUCAUCGAGAGACGACCAAAGUUGCAAAGGCAAAAGAAGAUUUUCUCAAAGCAGCAAGGUAAGACUUUCCUGCGAGCCCCUCAGAUGAACAUCAACAUCGCCACGUGGGGCCGUCUGGUGAGAAGAGCCAUUCCGACUGUGAGCACCAACUCCUUCAGUCCGCAGGCCGCUGAGACCGGCUCCAGCGGUAUCCCGGGUUCCCCCACACCAAGCAGCGACCCCCUGGUGACCAAGCUGGACUUUGACAGAGAGCCAACGCCAGGACCCAAGUUCUACCCAACGCCCGACACCAUACGAGAACCGCCGGAGCAACACAGCAUUCUGCCUGACAAGGAGGAAGUGCAGGACGCGUUGGCCUCCUUCGACUUCCUGAACAAGAGGAACAGCAUGGCGGUGAAGCCAGAUCUGGAACUGGUGGCAGAGACGGAGAUUCAACAUCCGGACCUGGAGCUCACGGCCUUCCCAAAAGAUACCGAGAUAAGGGAAGAAGAGCAGUUUCACUUCAGCCUCAAAGACUUCAAGUGCGUUGCGGUCCUUGGACGCGGCCACUUUGGAAAGGUGUUGUUAGCCGAGUACAAAAGUACAGGCGAAAUGUUCGCCAUCAAAGCUCUGAAGAAAGGCGACAUUGUGGCUCGCGAUGAAGUUGACAGUUUGAUGUGCGAAAAGCGAAUCUUUGAGACGGUCAACAGUGUGCGCCACCCGUUCCUGGUCAACUUGUUUGCGUGCUUCCAGACGCAGGAGCACGUGUGUUUUGUCAUGGAGUACGCGGCGGGAGGCGAUCUGAUGAUGCACAUUCACGCCGACGUCUUCUCCGAGCCGCGGGCCAUAUUUUAUGCUGCCUGUGUCGUGUUGGGAUUACAGUAUUUACAUGACCACAAGAUUGUGUACAGGGACUUGAAGCUAGACAACCUCCUCCUGGACACCGAAGGUUAUGUGAAGAUUGCUGACUUUGGCCUUUGCAAAGAAGGAAUGGGCUUCAGGGACAGAACCAGCACUUUCUGCGGAACACCAGAAUUUUUGGCCCCCGAGGUCUUGACUGAAACGUCGUACACCCGCGCCGUGGACUGGUGGGGGCUGGGCGUGCUCAUUUUUGAGAUGCUGGUGGGGGAGUCGCCGUUCCCCGGCGAUGAUGAGGAGGAGGUGUUUGACAGUAUCGUCAAUGAUGAGGUGCGAUACCCACGAUUCCUCUCCACUGAAGCCAUCUCCAUCAUGAGGAGGCUUUUAAGGAGAAGCCCGGAGCGUCGUCUUGGAGCAGGAGAAAGGGAUGCCGAGGAAGUCAAGAAACACUUAUUCUUUAGGAACAUGGACUGGAACGGCCUCCUCUCCAAGAAAGUGAAGCCCCCGUUUGUGCCCACCAUCCAAGGCGCGAACGACGUCAGCAAUUUUGACGACGAAUUCACCUCUGAGGCGCCUAUUCUGACCCCGCCCAGGGAGCCGCGGGUGCUCAACUCGGACGAGCAGAACAUGUUCUCCGACUUUGAUUACAUUGCCGACUGGUGUUAGCGCCACGGGUGCAACGGCAGCGCUCAGAACUCUUCUGUACAAAGGUUUGAGGGAUCUAAGACGCUUCCCUGAGGAAUCCCACUUUUUUUAUUAAAAAGAAAGAAACCAUGAAGAAUUUUUUUAUGAGGAAAAACUUGUUGGAGAAACUAAUGGAGGAUGGAGCAAUGCUGUCUGACCACUGAGAAUGUUUUUCAUAUGAACUCCGAGACUGGAGACGGCAGUCCCGAACACUCACUGACAUUUAUUCAUGUUUAUUUUGUUUUGAAUAUGUACAGUUUCUUCGGUGGGAUAUUUUAUUGCGUCGUUUUUGUGCUCAAGACAUAAUCCCUCUCAAAACUGGCAAAAAAUUUGCUAAAAGCAUCACUGAAGCCCAACAACACAUCUUGACUACUACUACUGUUGUUUUCUUUUUUUUGUGUCUAGUUUAAAUUUUAUUUUUGUCUUGUUCAUACAAGCUCGCAUAUGAAUUCAGCAGCUGUCCAUCCAGUGUUACGACACAAUACAGU